CCAGGUCAAACUGUUUCAUGUAAUGUAAGAAAACAUUUAAAUCUUUAGGGAGCUGAAGAAAACAUUUCCAAAAUGGGUCAGCGCCUGAGCGAGGAUAGUGACCCAGACAAGGAAAUUGAUGUGGCAGAGCUGCAGGAAUGGUACAAAAAAUUUGUUGUGGAAUGCCCGAGUGGAACUCUCUUCAUGCAUGAGUUCAAAAGCUUUUUUGGCGUUACUGAGAACAAGGAGGCCGCAGAUUACAUUGAAAACAUGUUUCGGGCCUUUGACAAGAACGGCGACAACACUAUUGAUUUUCUGGAGUAUGUGGCAGCCUUGAACUUAGUCCUGAGGGGAAAAUUGGAACAUAAGCUUAAAUGGACAUUCAAAAUGUACGAUAAAGACGGAAGCGGAUGCAUUGAUAAAACAGAGCUUCUUGAAAUUGUGGAGUCUAUUUAUCGACUGAAGAAAGCCUGCCACGGAGAGCUAGAUGAAGAAUGCAUGCUGCUGACCCCAGACCAAGUGGUUGACCGAAUAUUUGAGUUGGUUGAUGAAAAUGGAGAUGGGGAGCUCUCGUUGGAUGAGUUCAUUGACGGCGCACGGAGGGACAAGUGGGUGAUGAAGAUGCUGCAGAUGGACGUCAACCCUGGGGACUGGAUCAAUGAGCGAAGACGCAGUGCUGACUUCUAAGGCUAGAAUUUGGACUGUCAAUCUGUCGCAUCCUUCAUCCAAUCAUACUCUGAUUUUGUAUCUUUUGUAUUCCAGUCACGUCCUGGAAUUCUAAUGAUAUAUUUUGCUUGUAAAGGGGCAACCUGUUUAUUCAUUUUAGUUUUGGUUUCACACAAGUUAUUAA